CAUGACAGAUCAUCCAAGCAAAUCAAAUACCCAAUUCUCAGAGCUUGAGUUCCAAAAACUUCAAAGAGAUAUAUUUUUUUUUCUCGUGAAAGAAAGAAAAAAACAAAACCUUAGAGAGCGAAGUUAAUGGGAUUCGGCUUAGAGAACAUCAAAUCAAUCUCCGGCGGGUGGGGCGCGGCGGCGCGUUCCUGUGACGCUUGUCAAUCAGUAUCCGCCGCCGUGUUCUGCCGAGUUGACUCAGCUUUCUUAUGCAUCACUUGCGACGCAAGGAUCCACUCCUACACGCGCCACGAGCGCGUGUUUCUCUGCGAAGUCUGCGAACAAGCUCCCGCCGCCGUCACCUGCAAAGCCGACGCCGCCGCUCUCUGCGUCACCUGCGACUCCGACAUCCACUCCGCUAACCCACUCGCUAGCCGCCACGAACGCGUCCCCGUCGAGUCGUUCUUCGAUUCAGCCGUCGCGAAAAUCUCAGCUUCCACGUUCGGGAUCGUCGGGGACUCUGCCGCCGUGGAUUUAACCGCCGUUCCGGUGAUGGGUGGCUCCGAAGACCUCGGUCUGUGCCCGUGGCUGCUCCCUAAUGACUUCAACGAACCUGCUAAAACCGAGAUGAAACCUUCUGAGUUCGUGUUUUCCGAUUUCGAUCGGCUCAUCGACUUCGAGUAUCCAAACACUUUCAAUAAUCAUCACCCGCCGCAGCAUAACAGCUCCGGAGCAGACAGCCUUGUCCCCGUUCAGACAAAAACAGAGCCUCUUCCGUUGACUAAAAACGAUCACUGCUUCGACAUAGACUUCUGCAGAUCAAAGCUCUCUGCUUUCACCUACCCAACUCAAUCAAUCAGCCACAGUGUUUCGACUUCGUCUCUCGAGUACGGCGUGGUACCCGACGGGAACACCUCGUCGGAAAUCUCGAUUCCGGUUAACCGGAACACCACAGGCGAUCAAGCGAGCUCCAUGAACAGGGAGGCAAGGGUUUUGAGGUACAGAGAGAAGCGAAAGAACAGGAAGUUCGAGAAGACGAUCCGUUACGCUUCGAGGAAAGCUUACGCGGAGUCACGGCCCAGGAUCAAAGGCCGGUUCGCGAAACGAACGGAGACAGAAAACGACGACGUUUUCUUAAGUCAUGUUUACACUUCAGCCGCACAGUACGGCGUCGUACCAACGUUCUGAUUCUAAUCUACGGUGGAAGUCUAAACGAAUCAUCAUCCAUCACUUGGAAACUUCCUUUCUUCCACCGUCGAUUUACCGUUUGGUGUAUUGUAUUUUAUCAUAGUGAGUCUUACUCUAGACAAACAAUUUAUCCUUUUUUACUGCUUCGUCCGUUUACUUUUUAUUUUACCGUCUCUCUCACUGCCACUGUAAGACUGUAACUUUUCUUUUCUGUUUUUGUAAUGCUUAUUUUUAUUUAGUAAAGUUUUAUAAAAUAAUAUAAUUUGGUGAUUA